AUGGAUCUCGAGAGGCAGCUUAAGAGAUCACCUGCCCCCAAGCACGUGUACGACGCUGAGUUGUACAAGGCUUUCGCCAGCACACAGAUGUGGACUUCAGUCCAAAUUAACCUAUCAAUUUUUUAUGGGUCACUAUCCUCACUGCAGCCAAUAUACGUCUUCGUGAUCAACAAGAUUCAGGUCUUGCGAAGCUACAUCAGGCCAGAGCAACGAGGCUCUGAACUUUUGAAAACGCUUCUGCCUCUAAGUAUGGAAAUAGAAAACAGCCUCACAUCUAUGUCUCACCAAAGAAGUAUGAAUUCGUUACCUGAGACCAUUGACCUUGAGAACUCAAUGGUAGAGAUCGAAGCAAGCGAGCGUCCCACGCCGGAAAUAUCGGACGGGGAACUGCACGAGGUGCAAGUCAGUGAGACAGCCGGGGCAGAGUUGGAGGCUUUCGAAUUGAGCAACACCACAAGUAGAUCGAUAGAGUCAGAUGGUUUGAGACGGAUUCCGGCCAUCACAGCUCAGAGGCCUUCGAUCAUGGAGUUAGAGGGUCACUGGCACAUGACGGAAAUGGCAUGA